AGGGGAGGGGCGCGGAGGGCGGUGCAGUGCCGUCCUCCCGCCGCCCGCUCCACCUGCUGCCGCUGCGCCAGUAGCCGGCUGGGUGAAGCGCCUGCCCGCCCGCCCCAUCCCCGCGGGGUCCCUUUGUGCUGCUCCAGAGCUGCCCUGAGCCACGCGGCGGCUGCGUCACGGCGCUGAGUCUUUCUGCCCGCCGAGGGACAGCCGCCGCCUCGCCGCCCGCUCCGCCAUUGCUGCGCGGGCCGCGGCGGAACGACGCCUCGCCGCCCCCCGAGGAAGGGCCGGGAGCCGCGGCGAAAACCCCUCAUUCCUGGAAGAAUGGUGAAACUGGGGAAUAAUUUCAGCGAGAAGAGCACAAAGCAGCCCCUUCUGGAGGAUGGCUUCGACACCAUCCCCCUGAUCACACCCCUGGACGUCAAUCAGCUCCAGUUCCCGCCUCCUGACAAGGUUGUGGUCAAAACGAAAACAGAGUAUGAACCUGAUCGCAAGAAAGGAAAAUUCCGUACUCCAAAAAUAGCUGAAUUCACAAUCAGCAUCACCGAAGGGGUUUCAGAAAGAUUUAAGGUAACUGUGCUGGUCCUUUUCGCCCUUGCGUUCUUAACAUGUGUUGUAUUUCUGGUAGUCUACAAGGUUUACAAGUACGAUCAUACCUGUCCAGAAGGAUUUGUUUUCAAGAAUAAUCAAUGCAUUCCAGCUGGGUUGGAAAACUACUACUCUGAACAAGACUCCAAUGCUCGAGGGAAAUUUUACACAGUCAUAAACCACUACAAUCUGGCCAAGCAAACCAUCACGCGCUCAGUGUCCCCGUGGAUGACAGUACUGUCAGAAGAGAAACUGUCUGAGCAGGAGACUGAAGCCGCUGAGAAAUCAGCUUAGUGUGAUAAGCUAAUUAUUAACACUAUGUCAUUUGAAGGUAACUAAGGGACUUUAAGAAACUUUUCAUUAAAUAUAAUUAUGGAUAAUUUAGAGGUUACUCAUGUUUAUGGUGCAAUUGCUUCUGUUUGCUGAUACUGCUUUGCAAAAACAAAAAAACAUGCUGCAGAACAUUCAUGGGCAUAAAACAAGAUGCGUAUCAGCAUUGCUUUAGAGCUUUGACACCAUUUUCAAUGUUUAAAGAAAAAAACAACAGAUAUGUUCUUGCAGUUUAUUGGAUACUGACAGAUUUCUUCUCUGGAUUUUCAGGGCUUAGACCUUAAAGCGUGUUCUGUUGUCUGAACUGAUAUUUUAUUUAUUAAUUUUUAUUGUUAGUCAUUUUGCAAACCGAAACACCACAGCCAUAACUAGAGUGAUCUCUUGUUUAGCUGAGAGCUGUGUUUAGUAUUUAAUUUUGGCUCGAGCAAAAAUGAUAAUCAGCACUGAUGUCAAGGGCGUAACAUAAUGACUUGUAUGGAGAGCGGAAAAACAAGUGUCAGGUAGCAUUUUUCUUACAUUUUCUUUACUGUUAUUUAUUUGUAAGUGAUAAUGAAGUUCUCUGCAAGAAGGCAUGCUCAAUGUUUUAUUAUUGCUGUCAACAGGAUUUAACUGCAUUUCCACUGUGGCUUUAGCAUCUUGGUAAGGAUGUGCACUGAAACACAAACUAGAUAGAUACUAUGGAAAAACACAGACAAUUCUAGUGAUGGAUGUUGAGGAUAGCGUAAGAAUAUACAGUUAAGGAUGUCUGAAAGAGAAAUGACAUCUUUUGAUCGUACUUAAAAGGCAGAAAGCCUAUUCACAGUAGAUGUAGCCCGCUAUGUAAUUUGUUGGAUACAGCAGAGGGAGUGAUGUAUCUGAAUUUUCUCUUUUAUUACAUUGACAUUUACCCUUUUUAUAUUAGAGCUUUCAGUUUAUGUAUGGUUUGUGGUUUGAUACUUUUUAAACACAAAACUUCAAAACAGUAGCAUCUUAGUAACACAAGUGGCUGUUGGAAAGCUCCAUGUGAAACUGAGUGAAGAGUAGAACUGUUUAUGUAUGGCUUGGGAUGGGCAAAGAUGUAGAAGAACAUAGUAUUGUGGAUGCACGUUCAAGUUCCAUUGUAAUUACAAACUUACCUAUUCUUUGUGUGAAA